AUGGGUGCUUGCAUAGAGAAUAUUGUUAUUGAUGACAGUUGUGAAAUUGUGAAUGAUGAUAACGAUGCAGAAUUGGAUAUCUUAGAAGAAAGGGAGUUUGAAAAAGGAGUUGAGGAAAAUAAGGCAAGUGUUGAUAAUAUUGAAGAGGAUAGGGAAGAAAGUCUGUCAAUUGAGAAAACUAGUGGCAAAAUUAAUGAAGAAGAGAUGGGGAGUGAAGAAAAGGAAGAUAAUGAAGUUACAAGAGAGGAGUGUGAAGAAGAAAAACUUGAAGAAGAUAUUGGGGACAAAGAAGAAAAUGUCGAAAAUAAGAAUGUGUUAUUUGAGGAAAUUCAUUGCCAAAUUGUUAAUGAGGAGAAUGAGAGUGAAGAAGAGGGAAGUGAAGAAAGGGAAAAAGAGGAAGAGAACAAGAAGAAGUAUGAGAGCAUAUUCUUUGAAGUAGAUCAAUGCCAAACCUUUUAA